GUCACACGCCGGCAAGAACGGUGCCGAAGAGGGACCUGGUGAUUCCUUUUGGGAUAUCGGCAGUUUCCCGCAUGCGGUGAUCAGCGGUGGUCCAGACGCGGUUCGAGGUCCGGAUCAGAAUCGUUGUCGGAAUAUAAAUUGGAAUUUAAACUUUGAAUUUCGGGGAUCUCGGGAGGCGCCGCUCCCUCUGAUGGUGAGAAUCGGGCCCGGAAAUGGAGCAGCUCCGAGGCGAAGGGCCAGAGCCAUCCGGCUACGGAAGCGACUCCAGCAGCGGCGGAUCCGCCGAUCAGUUUCUCCGCGUCCGGAACGAGAUCCGCACCAGUCCCGCCGCAUCGGUUUCCGCACCGAACGCCUUCUCCAUCGAUAGCAUCCUCGGACGGUCCCAGAGGAGCCAGGGAAUCCCGUCUGCAACCACCGACGGGGAACGCGAGGAUGACGAACAGGAAGAACGGGACGAGGAACGAGGACACUUCGUCAGGCCGACGGCCGUCUCCGCAUCCCAUUCCGGCUUCGGCACGGCGCUUUACUCAACCGCAGGUCUGACCUACCCUGAAACGGCCCUAACAGAUCCCGCCGGAUAUUCGGCAGCAUCUUUGGCAUCCGCUUCUCUCCUCUACAGUGGUUGGUUCGCACAAUCUAAACCUGGACAACUUUUCGGGCUACAAGCCCCAAAACCCAGCGGUAGACGAUCUCGGAAGCCUGGAAUAGACAGGAAACCACGACAGGCGUACAGUGCUAAGCAGCUUGAACGACUGGAGGCUGAAUUCAAAGUUGACAAGUAUCUUAGCGUGAGCAAGCGGAUGGAACUGUCAAAGUCGCUGAACCUGACGGAAGUCCAGAUAAAAACGUGGUUCCAGAAUCGGCGAACAAAGUGGAAAAAGCAACUCACGUCACGAAUGAAGAUCGCCCAAAGGCAGGGACUUUUGCCCCCGACGUAUUUCCCGCCUGCGCAAUAUCCGCUUUUGCCUUACUACGCAGCGCCGCUGAUGUUUGGCACCCUGACACCAGAUGACGCUACCGGCGUCGGUGUCGCAACGCUCUCUCCGUGUCCCGUCGUUUCCUCGGCCGGUAACACGGUUUGAAUCCGCGAUAAAGUUCGGUCGGUACUCUGCAAACAACUGGAAUAUCGUGGCGACGU